AUGCCGUUCGUGAGGCGCCAUGUAACGCGUCGUCUGAAGGCGGCAAAGGCCGAGUGCGACAAGGAGCUGCAGCGUGUCGUCAACUCCAUCACGGCCUUCUUCGAGGAGCGCUUGCGGGAGGGUGAUCACGAGGCGGAGUCGGAGAGGGAGCAGCGUGAACGCGAGAACGAGCACGAGCGGGGGCGGGAUCGCUCUGACGCUCGCGGCGAGCCCCUCAAAGAGGCGUUCGUAUUCCAGCCCGCGCAGCUCAGGUCGGCGCUGCAGUUCGAGGACUCUAACAACAAUCGUCGCUCGUCGCGCAUUCUUGUCGACGACCCCGUGGAUCCGAUAAUGACGACGCUGUACGAGAUCAUUGGCGUCGCACAGGACGUACAGGAGAUGUCACUUAACCAGCUCACCGCGCAGCCGAAAGUGUGCGAGGAACUCGUGCAGCGUGUGCAGAAUAUCGGCAAGGCGUGGGAUGAACACCCAGAUUGGCACGGCCGCAAUUGGUACGUUCAGGUACUACUAGCCAUUGCAAGUCUCAGCCGUGUUGUCGAGUGGUGGGAGGCGGAGAAACAGUUCUGGAACUUCGACGACAACGAUGACGAGCAGGAAGAACCAUUGACCUUCGUGUUGAAGCCGGCCGAAGAGGAGCAGUCAUUGGUAUCCACGCCGCCGGAGGAGGAGAGCAGACUGCGCAUGUCGCGAACGUCGAGCCAAGGCCGACGAUGGAGGGAUGAAGCGCCUAAGGAUCUGUCUCUGACGCCAGCUCGUCAGGGAUCUGAGCAUGCACCCAGGAGCUUGUCGAAACUCCCUGACAAUACAGAGUCUGCUCGUGUGCUUGCAACUGAGCGGUUGCGCUUGCAGGCAGAGAUUGCACAGAACCAGAACAUUGUUUUGGAGCUCAGCAUGGAUGGCGAUCAUUUCCUUUGGGUCAACUACGCUUGGCGCAAUGUUGUUGGAACCGACCCGGAAGACCUAAUUGGCACCCGGGUCUCCAAACUGCUUGCACCUUCAGACUGGCAUGUCUUCAGAGAUGCAACGCGCCGCCUCCAGGAGAACGAUUCGAGCACUGUCGAAGUCAAGUUCAAGAUUAAGGUCACGGACCCUAAUGCUGACAUCGCAUCGUUCCGGAACCUGUACCAGCAGAUGGAGGGCAAGGGUAUGCUGAUGACUGACCGCGAAGAUGGGACACCAACACACACAAUGUGGGUUGUUAAACCGGUGGGCUCUCCGGAAUAUCUACAGCCACCACCUUCCAUUCUUCUUGAGUCGGGCGACGUCGGCGAGGAGCCUGCAUCUGCGGAAGCGACACAGGUCGGCUUCGGUGAGCGUCAGACCACCGACCCCGUAACGCCAUUUCCCUUCGCGCGUCCGAUCAGUACCCAGCCUAUUCUCUGCCGCAUAUGCGAGUGCACGGUACCACAAUGGUAUUUCGAGAAGCACAACGAGACGUGUGCAGAAACGCAUCGUCUCGAAGCGGAAAUCAGCGAGUGCAAUGAGUCCAUGGGAGAGCUGCGCAAUACGAUCCGCGACCUGCAGACAGCGAUGGACCGCUCGUCGCCGAUCACCGUCCCGGAGUACCGCGGUAUGCCUAUUUUCUCGCCAUCAACGUCUCCAAGCUCUUCUUCGCCGAUGCAGCUGCUUCGCGCGCCGUUGAAGAUGAAGAAGAUGAGCGUGAAGCGUAUGCAGCGAGGCGUCCUCGAGCAGCUGGAGACCAUCCUGCAAACCGCCGCCGACGUCUCCGUUCCGGCGCUCAAGGAGGAGGAAUCUGCUGAGCCCAUUGAACGGCAGAGGCUGCUGUCGCCCGCUUCCGAGAGUAAGAUGUCGAUCGUACGGCGGUGGUGCAAGCCCACCAUCGAAGAUGCGGCGUUGACUCAGCUGAUAGAUGAUGCUGAGCGUGUCAUGCGGCAGAAGAUUGACAACGUUGUGCGAUUGCAGAACACCAUCAAAUACUCGGAGAAGAUCCGCCAGGAGUGGGAGGAGAAGGUUGCGCAGAGCUUCGCGCAGGAUGACCUCGACGAGGAAGAGGGCGACGAGGAAGGUGAGGACGGCGACGAGGACGGCGACCAUUCAAGCAAUACGUCGGAGUAUGCUUAUAAUGGUCAGACAUCCUCACCUGAUCCGACGCCGCUGGCGUCGGCUUCGCCCAUUCCGUUCAGCGGCGGGCACGACCGAAGUACAGGCGGGCCGUUCUCGUCCACCUCCAGUCUACCAUUGCCUAUGGUUCCUGUGGCACCAGUUCCCGCAUAUCCUACAAGUGUCUUCCAUCAGACACGGUCGUCGACGCCUUCCUCUGUGUCGUCACCCCUCGCAUUGGCAGCCCCCAUCGUUGCCUCCAGUGUGUUGGAUCCACCUCCCAUGGAUCUCAACGAGGGCUACAACCAGAACACGAUACGUUCGCGGCCCUCGCUCGGUACUCUCGAGCCUCGGCUACUCAUUACACCUCCCUUGUCGCCUUUGGUUUCCCCCGAGGAUGCGUCAACUCAGCGUCGGCCAGGACGGCGUCGGCAUUCUACUGCUCAGCCUAUCCUCAGUCCCACUAACUCUAUGUCCAGUACUCCCCUCUCGCCUCGUCUGCCGUCCGUUGCACCACUGUCCCGCACGACGCCGACGUCCAUCAAGGACUUUGAGAUCAUCAAGCCCAUCAGCAAGGGCGCGUUCGGAUCUGUCUUCCUCGCGAAGAAGAAAGCGACCGGCGACUACUUCGCAAUCAAGGUGCUGAAGAAGGCAGACAUGAUUGCGAAGAACCAGAUCACAAAUGUCAAGGCAGAACGCAUGAUUCUCAUGAAGCAGGCUGAGUCGCCAUUUGUCGCCAAGCUCUACUUCACCUUUCAAAGCAAGGAGAACUUAUACUUGGUUAUGGAGUACCUCAACGGUGGCGACUGUGCGGCUCUGAUCAAGUCGCUUGGAUCCCUACCUGAGGAAUGGACGCGCAACUAUAUCGCUGAAGUCGUUCUUGGUUUAGAGUACCUACAUCAGCGUGGAAUUGUGCAUCGUGACUUGAAACCUGACAACCUUCUCAUUGACCAGCAUGGUCAUCUCAAGCUCACGGACUUUGGACUUAGCAGGAUUGGUCUCCUAGGGCGUCAAACACGGGAUUCCCAGCUCUCGUUCGACCGCGGUCUUCGAACUCGUUCGAGAUACAGUCCUGGAUCCCGGCCUCCUUCCAUUGAUUCUGCGUACAUGUCGUCAUCCCCGAUGUUCGUACCAGAUCUGCACCUCGGAGGUUCGUACUUUACGCAGAGGACCCAUUCGAUUCCUCGCCUAGGAUCGUCACCUUAUCUGUCACUUUCAGAUGAUGUAAGCGAGUCCAGUGGGUCUGAGUCUUUGCAAGGGUCUGGGCUUUAUCCCCUACGGCGGACUGGCAGCAAGAACCAGCCGUACUCGGACAGCCCCGCGCAGUCAUUUGCGACUGAGCUCACCACGGAUCUGCGCUCGCAUCCUACUCCUGGUGGGACGCCCCCCGGCGAACAGAAAGUGGUUGGCACGCCAGACUACCUUGCCCCAGAAACCAUUCUAGGUCUACGUGGAGACGAUGCUGCAGUCGAUUGGUGGGCACUCGGUGUCAUCACAUAUGAGUUCCUGUACGGCAUCCCUCCCUUCCAUGAUGAGACACCAGAGAAGGUCUUUGAGAAUAUUCUAUCUGGGCGGUUCGAAUGGCACGACGACUUCAUUGAGAUGUCAAAUGAGGCUAAAGACUUCAUCAAACGGCUGUUGACAUUGGACCCAAGUGAUCGUUUGGGUGCUAAUGGUGCUGACGAGGUCAAGACACAUCCAUUCUUUGCCGGAAUUGAUUGGGACAAGGUCACAAUGACAGAGGCUGCAUUCAUACCGCAAGUCACUGACCCCGAGUCGACGGACUACUUCGACCCGCGCGGUGCCGUCCUCCAGCUGUUUCACGACAACGAACAGCCGCAGACCACGGAUAGCCCACCGAUUGGAAUCGACACUAUCAACCCAGCUGUGGCUUCGGCGCCUCCCGCUUUAGCCAACGAUCAUGCCGCCUCCCCAUCUGACGAUGACUUUGGAUCCUUCAGCUUCAAGAACUUGCCUGUGUUGAAGCAAGCGAACGAUGACAUGAUUCGCAAGAUGAAGACCGAUCAGAUGGCCCCACUCGCACAAACUCUAUCAGAGCCGAACACUGGCCACGCACGACGAAAGAGUGUCUCAGCCCGCGUCAACCUCAAGAAACCUGCCAAUGUCACCAUUUCAACCGACAAUGGGGGCAAGCCCUCGGUGACGAGUCCACCAUCGCCGGCGACCUCAACGUCUUCGAUAUCGUCUUCAAUGUCCCGAGGACCACCCACCCCAGGUAGUGCGAGCGGCCAUGCCCGGAAACCGUCUGACUACGGUGCGGUCGAGCGGUUCAAGCACAACCACCUUGAAGGAGACCCCUCCAGGCGGAAUUCAAUGCCAAGUCGGCUGAGGACAGCCUCAGUGUCUACGACAGGGGAGAGCGUUACGUCGGAAUGGGCGGUCCCCAGUGCUCAUUCGAAUCACUUCGAGGUCAACACGCCUCCUUCAUCUGUUGUGUCGAUCGACCUCAAGAGGGGUCCGGACCCGAACGACCGUGCCGUGACAUGUUUGUUAGCCGAGGACAACCCAAUCACGGCCAAGAUCCUCGAGACACUGCUCAUACGCCUGGGUUGCCGGUGUGUGGUUGUUGCGGACGGGUCGGAAGCCAUUAGCGUUGCUAUGGGUGAUAUCAAGUUUGACUGCAUUCUGAUGGACUUGCAUAUGCCAAUUCUCGACGGCGAGGGUGCCGCCCGGUACAUCAAAAACACCAGCAACAAGAAUGCCAGCACGCCCAUCAUCGCCGUUAGUGCCUAUAGCGGGUCGGAUACAUUGGAAGCUGGCAACUUGUUUGCGGGCUACAUCUCGAAACCGGUCCAGAAGGCAGACUUGAUUUCCGUUAUGCGACAACUCGGGUUCAAGACGUCGACUGCGCAGGGACAGGGGCGGGGGCAGACCGCAAAAGUCACGGCCGCUGCACGAUAG